GGCUAAUGUGCAAAAUGGAACAGCACAGUAAAUGUUAUUGUAGUGUGCCUUUUUGCUCAAAUAGCAAAAGAAAACAGCCACAGUUGAGUUUUCAUGACUUCCCAAAAGAUAAACAUGUGCGAGUUAAAUGGAUAACGGCUAUUAGAAGAGAAGAAAGUGCGAAGUUUACCAUCCAGCGUGGCAGUACGUAUGUGUGCAGCCAGCACUUUAGGCCCGAGGAGCUUUAUGUAAGACCGGGAGGGAGCCGAGUUAGACUGAUGAAGGGGUCCGUGCCAUCACGAUUUGUGUGGAAUAAUUUUGGGAGUCGGAGGGAAACUCGUCAGACACCAGACGAGAGAGCAAGUACUCGUCCUGGUUCCGACAUUGAAGCCGCCGUGGGAGAGAGAGACGCGCAGGAAAUCGAAGCGAUGCGAUGGGAACCUGCUGCUAAUGUUAUGGAGCACGAUUACUCGCGUCCCCCAGCUCCUGGUAUUGUGGAUGCUGCAGCUGCAAGGAUAAAGGAGCUGGAGCAAAUAGUGAUGGAGCUGGAGAACCAAAUAAAGCAGCUGACAUUCCUCACAGACCAACCUAAGCUGAGUCGUUUUUGCUUAACUGAUGAGGAAUUCCACUUCUUCACACGAUUCACCACUGAGGAAAUAUUUAAGUUGUUCUGGGAGUCUGUUGAACCAUCAGCUUCUAGGAUUAUUUACUGGACCAGAGCGCAGAGGGAAGCUUAUGAAACACCCACACCUCAUCACGAGCUGCUACUCAUUGAUGAGUGUUUCCUGUUUCUUUGCCGCAUUGCUGCUGGACUCAAGGAACAAGCUUUGGCGUCAAUGUUCAAGGUCAGUUUGUCAACUGUUGGCCGCAUCAUCAUAACCUGGACCAGUUACUUUUACCUUGUUUUGGGCUCUCAACCUUCAUGGAUGAGUCGAAAGCAGGUGCAAGCUACUAUGUCUGAAAAAUUUCGCCAGUACUACCCAGAGGUUCGUGUGCUCAUUGACUGCGCAGAGGUCCGCUGUGAGACGGCAACAUCACUCACCCAGCAGUCUGAAAGUUUCUCAAAUUAUAAAAAUCACACAGCUUUCAAAGGACUGAUUGGGGUUGCUCCCUGUGGUGUCAUCACAUUUGUUUCACAGCUUUACACCGGAUCCAUCUCCGAUCAGGAGAUAAUUCGGAGGCCUAACUUCUCCCACCUGCUGCAACCAGGAGAUGGAGUGAUGGCUGAUAAGGGUUUUCAGAUUGAAAAGAUUUUAGCAGAAGUAGGAGCCACCCUGAUCAUCCCCCCUUUCAAGAAGUCUGCUCAAUUCAGCAAGGAAGAUGCAGAGAAGACACAAGCAAUAGCUCGUCUAAGAGUGCUGGUGGAAAGGGCAAUCCGCAGAGUGAAAGAGUACCACAUCUGGCAUGGGGUUGUUCCGCUUUCCCUCACAGGCUCCCUCAACCAACUUUGGACCAUCUGUUGCUUGAUGUCAAACUACCAGGGUCCCCUGGACAUCAAGGAGGGUAGACCUGUUUGAAUCAUUUUUAGAAGUUCUCUGUUCAGAUACAUGAAUUUGAAUCAUCUCUGGGCCAAAAUCUGCUUAAAACACUCGAUCUAACUUUUAUCUAGCUUUUAGCUAUGAUAUUGCACAGGAGAGAAAUUUUUGCAGGAAAAGGAGUGGAAGAGGAGGUGGUGGUGGUCAGUUAGCCUUUGAUUUGAGGGCCCUGUAGCGCCUACCAGAGGAUAAUAGGACAAAAUGGUGAGAGCCAGGAUGUGAUGGCCCUUUAAAAUAUUUUUGGCUUUGCUGAGGCAGAGGGGGAUGAACAAGUCUUGUAGGGAGGGCAGAGAGCAGCCAACGAUCUUUUGAGCUGUGUUGAUGAGCAGCUGAAGCCUCCCCCUCUCUGCUUCAGUGCAGCUCCACUACCACACUGUGAUACAAUAUGUCAGCCCACUCUCUAUGGUGGCACAGUAAAAGGUCACCAGCAGCUUUUGACCCACUUGUUCUUUCCGAGCACUCUCGGGAAGUGAAGUUGCUGCUGUGCCUUUUUGGUGACCGCUGAGGUGUUUGCAGUCCAGGAUAGGCCAACAUAGGUCCACACAGUCACCACUGAGAUAGAGGGGGAUCGGGUCCGAGCUAUUCUUCCUGAAGUCAAAGAUGAUUUCCUUUGUUUUCCUGGUGUUCAGUAUCAGUUUGUUUGUUGAACUCCAAGCUGACCUCUGAGGUCAGUCCAACUACUAUGGUAUUAUGUAUUUGCAAUCAGCAAAUACAUCUAGAAGCAGGGGCAAAUGACUGCAUGGGUAAAGGGGGCACAUGUAGUAGUGGUAUGGUUGUAAACUUGUUUGAAUGUCAGCUUUCAGUCAGUGAACGAGGAGAAAUCAUUGACAGUGUGUCAGUGAAAGCUGCACUCAGCGGUCAGCAAAGCUUAAACUGUGAGCAGCUGUGAAAGUGCUGCAGUCCUGCCUCCUGUGAAGGACAUGGCUGCUAAUGCAAAUUCAAGUUUUCACACAUCAUAUUUGUACAUGUUAAAGAAAUGAGACGUAACAUGUUAACAGAGUUCUUUCACUGGGUUAGUGGAUUUUGCAACUGUUUCCUUCUGGGUUAAUUUGGCAAUUUUUCUUUUGUCUGUACAGCUGUAGAAAUGGCAUUUUUGUACACUUUAAGUCCUGAAUUACAAUUAAA